AUGUCGCAGGAUAAGAAUCUGGAUCCGUCAUCUCUCAGUUCUAAGAACAAGACGUUCGAAGGGGGAAAGAAGUUUCCCCUGAAGGGCAACGCAUUCCAGCAUCGAGGGAGUCAAAAAUUAUCCAAACAGCACCGGCCUAAGAAAGAACGCCAAACAAAGGCAUACGCCGACGAUGCAGAAUUUAACAUCGAGGAUGAGCUUUUGAGUGGGAACUUCAGAGCUCGUGGAAGGAAAACUCAGAUUUCAAUCAAUCAUUUGUUGGACUUCCAGUUACCCGAAAGACCACAUGACGUACACAACGCAGGUUCGGUAAGGCGAAGGAGUCGUAAAAACGAUAAUGAUUUUGUGCAUUUGCAUGGAGAUUCAUUCAUCAAUGCAAAUUCUAAGUUCAUUGUCGAUGAUCGCUUUAGUUACGAUGAGCAAAGCAUAGAUCCCAAUUUACCUCUUUCAGGGGAGAAAAUCGUACGCGUCGUCGUUCCUAGGGGACAAUCGUGUCCAAUCUGUCUGACUGAAGAUAUGGUUGCACCGAGGAUGGUUUCAUGUGGGCAUAUCUUUUGUAUGACAUGCAUGUUGAACUUCUUUGCCGUUGAAGACAAGCCUGCAAAUGCCAAAGCGGACGCAACAACAUAUGUUAAAAAAAAAAGGUAUAAAGAAUGUCCUCUCUGCAGCACUAUCAUCCGUAAAACUGAUACAAAAGCAGUUAAUUUUGUUGAAGGGAACCCGAAGCAGGGGGUUCCAGAAAUUGGAAAAGAAAGCAAUUUCCAACUUAUGUGUAGGCCCCAUACUUCGAUGCUACCAUUGCCAGUAAGCCUGAACGUCGAUCCGCUCUCUUUGGGUAACUUUCCCCCUGUUGAAUUGGCUGAACUCGCACCUUAUUGCCGUAUAAUGAAGUGUAGCAGGGAUUAUGCGUUGACGCUUUAUCAACGGGACAUCAAAGACAUUGAGACACAGAACGAGAUAGACAAAGCCCUGUAUAAUGAUAAUGGGAAAUAUGCAAAGUUAGCGAUUGAAGACAUUCAGAAGGAAUUAUGUGAGAGCAGUGCCACUGGUGAGAAAGAUCUGUCGGCAGGAUUAUCGCAAUUAUCUCUGGACGUCGGUUUAGAAAAGUUCGAUGAAAGUAAUGCCUUUUUUUUCUAUGAAACUGCCUUCGACGCAACUACAAAAUAUUAUCUUUCUCCGCUUGAUGUCAAAAUUCUAUUAACAGCAUUUGGUGGUUAUUCCCGUUUCCCACCAAUCCUCAAUGUCAAAGUGGAGAAUGUGCACCAUGGAAGUGUCGUAACAGAGUCCCUCAUUCAGCGGUACAAGUAUUUCGGCCAUCUUCCAAUUGGGAGCGAACUUGCUUUUGUGGAUAUAGACUGGAGAAACUCAGAUGUCUUACCUAUGGAAGUUUACAAGAAGUUCGCGAGCGAGCUCACCUCCCGAAGAAGAAAGUCAACUUGGAAAAAACAGCGGGAAGAUAAAGAGAAAACACUAUAUCAAAAGAGACUAGAGCAAGAGCAAGCAGAGUUUUAUCAACGGGAAAACGGGAACGUUUCUCCUCCGACAAAUGCUAUAAUACCUUCAAAGCCUGUUCCUCUUCAGAGCCUAUCACAUAAGGCUGAUAAGGAGAUUUCUGAAGUUGCCAAGCCAAAGUCACGAAUGGAACGUACCGUGUGGGGAACCUCUAUACCAAUUGUGGAGCAGUCUUCUGAUACAGACACUGGUGAGGACAAAGAUCUUGAAGAUCUUCUACAGAGUUUAAAUCAACACCAAGGUGGGAAACAAGGCAAGAAGAAGAAGAAGAAGAUGGUGACCUUGUUAAGCUCCGGCCAAUCACGUGGAUCCUUUUGA